CUGCUGGAUCAACCGUCUCCUGUCAUUUCCAAUUAGCGUAACCCUUGUAUCAUGACGGCCGCGGACGUGGAGAAGAAGAGCAAGAAGAAGAAGCUCAAGGCCUCAGAGGCCGAGGGCAAAGAUCUCAUCGCCCCGGAAAGCCACACGCCCGCUCUGGACACGAGCAAGUGGCCGCUUCUGCUCAAGAACUACCACCAGCUCAAUGUCCGCACUGGCCACUACACGCCCAUCGCGUGCAGCUCGUCCCCGCUGAAGCGUAACCUGCAGGACUAUGUGCGCUAUGGUGUCAUCAACCUCGACAAGCCAGCCAACCCUUCGUCGCACGAAGUUGUGGCGUGGAUCCGCCGCAUCUUGCGUGUGGAGAAGACCGGUCACUCCGGAACUCUCGAUCCCAAGGUCACUGGCUGCCUAAUCGUGUGUGUGGACCGCGCCACGCGUCUGGUUAAGGCUCAACAGGGCGCUGGUAAGGAGUACGUUGCUGUGGUGCGUCUGCACAGCGCCAUCGAGAGUCAGGCCAAGCUCGCCCGCGCCAUUGAGACGCUCACUGGAGCUCUCUUCCAGCGUCCUCCUCUUAUUUCUGCUGUGAAGCGUCAGCUGCGUAUCCGUACGAUCUACGAGUCGAAACUCAUUGAGUACGAUGAGGACCGCCACCUGGGUAUCUUCCACGUGAGCUGUGAGGCUGGUACCUACAUCCGUACCCUGUGUGUGCACUUGGGUCUUGUCCUUGGCGUGGGCGGCCACAUGCAGGAGCUGCGUCGUGUGCGCUCCGGUGUGCUGGGCGAGAACGACUCGAUGGUCACUAUGCACGACGUGCUGGACGCGCAGUUCCAGUACGACACGUACAAGGACGAGUCGUACUUGCGUCGUAUUGUGCGGCCGUUGGAGGUGCUGCUCACCACGUACAAGCGUAUCGUGGUGAAGGACAGCUCGGUGAACGCCAUCUGUUAUGGUGCCAAGUUCAUGAUCCCGGGUCUGCUGCGCUUCGCUGACGACAUCGACGUGGGUGAGGAGGUCGUGCUUAUGACCACUAAGGGCGAGGCUAUCGCUGUAGCUAUUGCGCAGAUGACCACUGCUGUGAUGGCUACAUGCGACCACGGUGUCGUGGCGAAGAUCAAACGUGUCAUUAUGGAGAGAGACACGUACCCGCGUCGCUGGGGCUUGGGUCCUAUGGCCCAGAAGGUCAAGGGUCUUGUUAAGGAGGGAAAGAUCGGCAAGUACGGCAAGGUGAACGAGAACACGCCUGCGGACGUGUCGGAGCUGUACGGAAAGGACGAGAAGAAGCCUCUUGUGGCGGAAAUCAAGCAGGAGGAGAUCAAGGAGGAGAAGGAUGAGGACGAGGCUCCUAAGAAGAAGCAUAAGAAGGAGAAGAAGGAAAAGAAGGAGAAGAAAAAGAAGCACAAGCGUGACGCCGAUGAGGCGGAAGUCGCGGAAGCUGGAGAAUCUCCUGAGAAGAAGAAAUCCAAGAAGAAGAAGAAAAAAUCCAAGGAGACGAGCGACUCGGAAUAGAUGACCUCACACGUAUGUAUAGUGUGACUUUUUUCCCCAUGACUACUCUUCCGGACAAAAAGGAGAUAGCCUCUUCUAAGUCAGCUAUAACAGCUUAUGAGGACCCGAGCGCUGCGUUUAUCGUGUCGCUUGAAAGUAAUAUAUAUCAUGUAUGUUUUUUUUUCUUAACUUCGGCGAAAUUUUGAGAAAAGUCCACCU